AUGUCAGAGUAUGGUACUUUUGGUAACUACGGGGGCAACUACGGAGAUGGUGGCUUCGCAAAUACUGGCUAUCAGGGCGGCGGGUUCAACAAUGAAGGUGAGUCACAAUCGACUAAGCAACAAGUACGUUCGAGUCUCACCCCAGUCACGAUUAAGCAGAUUUUAGAGGCUUCUCAGCCAAAACCAGACGGAGACUUUAUAGUCAAUAAUGUCACUUUGAAUAUGGUGAGCUUUAUAGGGGUUGUUCGCAAGCUAGACGGACAGGGUAUGAGUAUAGUGAUCAUGGUUGAAGACGGAACUGGCUCUAUCGAAGUUCGAAAAUGGGUUGACGAAAAUAAUAGCUCCAUCGAACAAGAGAUGGAGAAGUAUCUGGGAUUCUUGAACAAGUACGUUUUCAUUGGCGGGUCCCUAAAGACACACAUGACAAAGAAAAGUAUACAGAAUGCAGCAAUCUCGCCAAUUGAGGAUAGCAAUCAGAUCAUAUAUCACCACUUGAGCGCUAUUGAUCACCAUUUAAAAAGUCAAGGUGUUCCAAAAAGUAGCGGCUCAAAUACAAGUAACUCACUAUUUGUCAAGGACGACUCUAGUAAUUCAUUAGUGGACAAAAUAUUUGAUUUCAUUCGCGAGGAGAGUAAAACGAUGCAAGAAGGUGUUCCUCUUCAAUUUAUUGCCCAAAAAUUAGGAAUUGAACAAGAUGUGGCAUUGAAAGAAUGCAAUGAAUUGAUUGAAAAUGGUAGAGUUUAUCUCGGCUAUAAUGACGGAGGGUAUAUUGCAAUUUAG